UGGCCAGUUGCCUUUCUGCCGUCGAGACCGAGUGCACAUGUUUGUCAGCGGAGCGUCGAACGAAAGAAACUAGAAAUAACACACCUACGUGUGAUUUCUAAUGUUUGGUUUUUGUUGUGCCCGUGUUUUUUAUUUGCCAUUGUGUUGUCAAAAGUGCGUUUUGAACUUGUGGAUUUUGAAUUAGCACGACUCUCACACUCUAGUGUUGCAAACGAGUGGACUAUAUGUUUGCGUUGUGUUUGAACUACUGAAGUAGCGGCCGCAUUUGUUGAAAGGAGGUGACCCGAAAUUCAAGGUAUUUCCGCUGGCCAUCCGCUGAAAUUUUGCGCAACGUGACACUCGAAGGCAUCUGUCAUCAUCACGUUAGCGAACCCUUGAGCAGAAAGAAGAAUGCCUUCACGGUUCCUGACCCUUUGGUCGAUGCUGGCCAAGCCCAGUCACCAGUCAACUGGCAAUACCAAGAAAAAGAAUAAGAAAGACACUUCAACAUCACAACAGGUUCACUACCGACCGGGCUUUAUGCCGGUCAUUCCGAUCUAUGGCGAAGAUAUUACAACCACCAGUGGCAGCACCAGAAGCGUCCGCGAUGAAGUUUUGAUCAACGAGGAUCAAGCGCCAUCUCGUGACCGCGCAUUAACACGGCCGGCUAGCAGCGUCUUCCGCCGAUCGCUUCUCUUCCGCAAAUCCGGCGUUCCGGCCGGAAUCAGUAAAAACCACCAAAGCGUGGAUUCGCUGGCCGUCACGCGAGAAGAAAGUCGAUCCGUGUCCAAAAGUCAGUCCGUGAGCGGUUUGAGUCAACGAAGCUUGCGCGUGUGUCAAGCCAAACGAGUGGCACCGCCUAUUGUGCCGGAAUCGGCGACAGCAUCUUCGGCAGCCGGACAACAACAACAACAACAACAUCGUCACUCAGGAUCUAGUUUCGAUUCGGGCGGUUCGGCUGAAUCGUCAUCGGGUGGCUACUGUUCGGGUACGGGAAGCUUAUCGAGCUGUCACGCGCCUUCAUCGUCGGCCUGGAGUCAAGCGGGCAGCGACCAGCGCAGCUCGAUUGGUUUGGACGACGCCUUUCUGCCGCCUCCGCCCUCGUCGCCAGUCGGCCACGCAAACAACAACGUCGCCAACAAACACAACCACAUGUACAAUCGAGGAGAUAACGAGCCGGUGUAUAGCGGACGCAAUCUGGGCUCGCCCGGCUUUGGCGGACCUGGUGGUAUCUUUACCUAUCCUUCUUCCACUGCCAACAGCCACCAUCCCAAUGGUAUUUACGGCCAGAUAGGGCAAUAUCGAUCCAGCAGCCAGUCCAGCUCCCAACACGUGUCGUUCGCCAUGGACCACCCAACGUCGCCUGCAUCGGUGGGAUCUUCUUCGCUCGGUGCAGCCACUACCGUUCCUAGCAUGACGUUACUUCCGCAUCCGAAUUAUAGCCAUCAGCUGUCGAUGGAAGAUCAGGGCAUUGAUUUGACGCAAAGUCCGGGCCGUGAGAGCCCGUCCAGCAGUAGCAGUACGGUCAGCGUGGGACUAAAGAGUAACAUUAGCGGCGGAAGCGGCAGCGGAAGCAGCGCCACCUCGGCCAUCCUGACGGGAUCGUCUUCCUGCCGCCAUAGCACGACCAGCACGACGAGUUUAGAUAGUGGCCGUGCCUCGGGCACGUAUGAUCUCCAUCAUCAGCAUGGGGCCGGCCAACGGCACGGAUCUACCUCGUCGUCAUCGACCACGUCUACCUUUCAUCAUCCGGGCGGCCAGAUGUUGCUCGUUCAGCAUCAGCAACAGCAGCGAUUCUCUGGCCAAUCGUACGAGAGCUGCUUGCGCAACAGCUAUCACAGUUCGUCUUCCAGUUUGGGCUCGAGUGGAGGCAAAAUCGAUGACAUCCAUCGACUCAAUAUUGGAGAAAUGCUUUCUCAAGGAAUGCCGGAACACGAGAUUCUUAACGCCUGGUUAACGGAUCUGGGUUUUGAAGAAUAUUACGAUCUCUUUGUCCAGUCAGGCUACGACAUGCACACCAUCACCCGGAUGACUCCCGAGGACUUGACGGCCAUCGGGAUUCAAAAGCCUAAUCAUCGCAAAAAGCUUAAGGCUGAAAUGGCCCUGCUCCAAAUACCGGACGGGUUGCCCGAUUUCAAACCGGAAACGCUCGAAGAAUGGUUGGCUCUGCUAGGACUGGCUGAAUACAGUCCCAGUUUGAGACGCCAGGGCUACAGGACGGUGGAGGAUGUCACCCAAUUGACAUGGGAAGAUUUAGAGGAUUUCGGAAUAUUGCGACUCGGUCAUCAGAAGAAAAUCAUGCUGGCCAUCAAGCGAGUCAAAGACAUUCUGGCCGGCAAGUACGUCCCCAUGCAAAUGAUGCAAAUCGAUCCAAUGUCUUCACCAGGGGAUGCGCACGACCCGUCGCACCCAACGUUCCAUUACCGGAACGCAGCCGCAACCUCUUCAUCGUCGCACUAUGCUAUACCGCCCUCUAUCAUGCGGCCCGUCUUUUUCAUGCCACAGCAGCAAGCACCGCCGCAAUCGCAUUAUCAACACCUUCAACAACAACCGCAGCAGCAACAUCAUGUUCAGCAACAACAACAGCCAAUCUAUUAUCAUUACCAACAACCGACAUAUCGGCCGGAUGUCGUGGCCAUUCAGGUGCACCGGAAUAGAUCAUCUGAAGACGUACGAGCUUGCCAAACUGGCCCUGCUGCACCUAACGCUGCAGGUUUUGCCGAAUCCGGGACGUUGCAACAGACUUUUUACAAGCCCGGCUGGCGUCAGAGGAGCUAUGAGGAUGGUGACGUGACUCCCGUGAGCGAGCACAGCCAUCACCUUUUGCCGCAAGGACAGAACGUGCCAGGUGGUGGCACUUUGCCGCGUCCGCGAGGCACGGUCAAACCUCGCCCAGUGGCCAAAAUCAGCGCCAAAACGAGGGCCGAUUGUUGCCCUGACCCGUCUGCACACCUCCACGAUGACCUUAAAGCAGUGUCCAUCAGUCCACCUGCGCAGCCUCUGUACGGCACGCUCGGGAAAAAGAAUCCACCUCCUGCGCCGCCCAAACGGGCCAGCAGCAGUUCCAUCACAGGAGAGAGCGACGCAGCUGAACCCAUUUACGGAAGGAGUGCCAAGUCUAGUCCCUUACCGCUACCGCCUCCGCCACCCGUCAGCGCUGAUUCGAUGAGUCUGCUGGCCUAUUCGGAUGAUUCUGAAGAUUUCCCCCCUCCGCCGGCGCCCAUCACGGCAUCCGAUUCGUACCUGCAACACGGGCAGCACGCCUCUUCGGCUGCUGCGUCUGUCCGCGAACGACUCGACAACAUCCUUCAGCGUACGGGAGCUGGACACUGGCCAGCUCGCCCCCAUUCGCAACAGUCUCAUUAUGGAGUCCCAAACGCUACAACUAGUCGCCCCAACAGCACCAUGUCCUCCAUGAAGAUGGUCUCUACCAGAGAAUGCAGCCCCAGCGAAAGUAUUGAAACUUCGGAUACGGAGCCGGGCAGUCCGGCCAUGGAAUUCCGUCAACGCCGGAAUGGGUCUGACGCCAGCUUCAAGCAGUCGACGUCCAGCACGGAAUCGGACUCGAUGCCGUUUGCCAAUGACAACGCUGGUACAAUUAAGCAGCGAAGUGCUCGGGCUCAUCCGGCACUGGCCGCCUUGACGUAUUCGUCCUCGUCCGUCGCAGCUGUGCUGUCACCGUCACUUGGUCGGCGGGUGCCAACUACGAGCAACACCAACACCAACAUUAAUCUCGGAACUAGCGACGUGUUGAACGACAUUGGCAACAUGUUAGCUGACUUGACCGACGAAUUGGACUCUAUGUUGGAAGAGGAAAGCAGUAGCCAGCCCAUAAGGCAGAAAUCCUAAAAGAAAUACAUAUAUUUUAAAAAAGAGGGGACGCAAAAAACGUUGUUUGUAAUUAUAUUGUCUUAACCUGGAUUUAAAAAAGAAAAAGAAAGAAAAAAAAAUCAUAAUUUGCUGACCCCAUCUCUUUUCUUCCCUUACAAUGGAAGUUCGGGUUCCAAUUUCUGUUAGAAGCAAGCUGCGUCAAAGUGCCUAGUUCACAGCAUGUCUCGUAAAAGCAAGCAUGGUCCAUCUGGAUUGAUGAAACAAAGUGUUGGAAAUUCCUAUAUUCUUAUUUUUUUUCUUUUAUUCUUCAAUAUAACACUGGCCCAUCUUGAUGGAAACCAUUUCUUUUUUACGUUACGUGACAGUUUUAACUGUUGGGAUAAAUUUUUUUUUUCUUUAUUUUUGUUUCACCGUCCUUUUGUUAUGUGUUGCCCGCCCAGCCAACUGAUGUACCUAUAUUAUACUGUAUGUAAUACAUGUACACGUUUAUCGUA